AUGGCGAGAAGCUGCGUCGUUGUCAUGCGCCUCGAGAUGGCGGGCGACAUAUUGGUCUUAACCGCCUCCGCACGCUUAGGUCUCAUUGCUCCCGCCAUAUCAGCUUAUACUUUCAUCGACUCCCAGCCGACUCUGGAGAAGUUCACGCGUAGCUCUCAGUUUUGCUACAUCCAAGAUGCGUACGUGACUAAUCUUUGGAUGUUGGGUGCACGCGCAUCGUCCGUGAUUUGUGAUGGCCUCGUCUUCGGAUUGACGUGGAUGGUUGUUCGGCCUGGGGCCGCAACUGGAGAGUCGACAACGAUGCUUGUCAUAAUGAGAGACACUCAUGCCAUACACAACUCGGAUGAACAGCAACGAUUUACUUCGGGCUUUGCCACGGCGAGCUUGACUCACUUCAUCGUGGUCAUAACCACAUGGACAGCUUUACUGACAUCUAUCCUCCUAUCACGCCUCAUGCUCGACCUCCGUGCGGCCGCAGACCUCCUGCCUACAGGCUCCGAAUGUAGCAACCACUUCUUCUGCCGUGCCCCGCCGAGCCACUCUGAAUCUGGCAGUCUGGGCUCGCUCGUAUUCACCGUGCGCACGGCCGCGUGUGACCCUCCGGACGUGCUACCACUGUCGGGGGUGAUCAGCUGCAAUGCAGAACACUACGGGGAGUCAGAGAGCUGGAUAGCCACUGAUCCUGGCGAAGUUGGCUCGCAAGAGCCUGUGAAAGACAACGGUGGAAGUGCGUCUGCUACUUACAGCGAAACGCCUGCCCCAUGGCCGACUAAGAUGCCCUUACCACUAAGUGCUGAGUUUUCUAAUAGGCAUUUGCCAAUAUCCACGCCGAAUCAGGUUACCUUCGCUACUGAUUGUUCAGUGGUCUGGUCGGAACAGGAACAAAAGAUUUAUUUCGUGUGGCAGCAGCCACGGCGACUCGCCUUUCAAGCUGCCGCCGUCAAGAACUUGAAGGCUGAGUACACCGCAUAUAAAGUGUCGCUUACAGGUGUCCUAUGCUGCUACGACUAUCUUCUAACCUUCCCGAGUGAAAUCGAAUAUGUGUGGUCGAAGAAGUUCUCCCUAGCCUCUGGCCUAUUCUACACACUUCGCUACCCCGCAGUGUUGAACACAGUAUUUAUAGCACUGGGAAGCUUCCCGGGCCGGAGCUGGCUGACCUCACAUCGACAGUACUCAUCUCGCUUUUACAGGGUGUUCACGGCAAUGCGUGUAUUCGCGCUUUUCAAGAGGAACAAGGUUCUGUUCGCUUUCACUCUAGGCCUAGGCCUCAUCGCUCCCAUCAUAUCCAUCUAUACGUUCGUCAACUCUCAUCCAAUUCUGGCCGAGAUCACACCAACGUACCAAGUCUGUUACAUCGAGGAUGCGUACAUCAAUAAUCUGGAUGAUGGAGGCUCGAAGACGAUCCUCGUUAUGAUGAGAGACACUGCAAUCUACUUCGGGUACGUGAUACAUGCUCUGGGCUUCAGAGGACAGCGGAUGCGAAGCGCAGUCGAUGUUAGAUUGCUGUUCGUGUUGAACGUCAUCGCUCUAGGCCUUGCCGUCGCCCGCCUCACGCAAUUUAUACUCGUCGUAAGCACAUGGACCGCUAUACUCACCUCCAUCCUCCUCUCCCGCCUCAUGCUCGACCUACGUGCGAGCGCCGCGGACGACCUAGGAACGGCAGACUCCAUCGACAGUCGCACCUUGAGGUUCUGGGACCCGUCCACGAGCCUCUCGCAUACGUUCAGCAUAUUAUCGCCCACCGGGUGCACGACAGAGGAUACCCUAGCACUAGAUGAUACGCAGCGGGACAGCGAGGCGAGAUCUAGAGCUGGACCACUGUGA